AUGAGUCAUCUUCCAGGAGUAUUGUUCUUCUGGAAAGAUCCGGAAAGACCAAUUGAUAUGAUACUUCUCCAGUCAGAUCAGUCCAAGAGUUUUGCUGAGGAUAUUAUUUUAUCCUUCAGUCUUACUCUCAGAUUCAGCAGUAAUCAAUACUCAUUCACAACACUUUCAAUGACAAUUCGUGGAAACGAGCCCCUGCCACCAUCCGCCUUGCCAUUGAAAACAAGACCAUUAUCAUUUAUGCCAAAACAUGAAUAUGAUUGUCUUGUAGGAUACUAUCAAGCUGUGUACAAGAAUCCACAGAUCUCAGGUUGCAAAGAUGUAAUUGAUGACUCACCUUUCGUCAAUGACUGGAUCGAAAUGGUGAAGUCCGUUGAUCUUCUUGGGCAAAGCUACAAAGGGCCAACUGUUUCUUCUCUAACAUACAGAAAUCCCCAUAGUAGUCAGCAUGUAUUUGCAUUUGUCAAGUGGUCCAAAUCCACUUUGGACAAAACAAGAGAAUUAGAAGGAGUUGAGUUGUUACAGGAUGAAUUCUAUAAGCAAGAUUUUCAAAGCAUCCUGCCAGUACAUCGGAUUCUCCUAACAGUUGCAAUAGUAGAUUACAAAACUACAAAAAACGUCAACAAAAAACUCGCGAUUCCUUUGCCAAAAAAAAUUUACUAUUAA